AUGCAUGUCCGCUCGCUCAAAAGAGCCGAUAUCCCUUCGCUAGUCACUAUGACGAUCGAAUGUGACAAAACCGAUGCGUUGGCCGACUACCUCCUUCAUGAUCAAGAUCGAUAUCCCACUUCACUGAGACGAGGCAUAUGGUAUUUCAUCCGUUCCAAGGUUGCAGGCGACAGUGGAACCAUUGCGUUCGUUCUCGAGACAGAUGCGGAAGAUUAUGUUGAGCCUCGGGGUAAUGUCUUGCCAUGUGGAAACUCGGAUGUAUCCGAUCAGAACAAAUCUGAGGUGAUUGGCGUAGCAAUAUGGACUCGGCAUGGCUCGUCUCCCGUCGCGCGAUCCUGGCAGAAACGUGCUCGUGGUGGUGUUUUCGACAUGGUGGAACGAAUGUUGCUUGCCAUAGAAGAAAGGUACAACGCCUUUUUUCCCAGUUUGAAUCCAACGCUCAAUCGUGAGCAUCUCAAUCAUCUGCCAGAUGAGAAAUGGGAUCCUGAGAUCUUUCCGGAGUAUUGGCAUCUUGAACUUCUGCAGGUGCAUCCGCAAUGGCAGCGACGUGGGCUUUCAAAAUUGUUGCUCAGAUGGGGACUCGAGCGGGCGCAAGAAGAACUCGUGCCUAUCACUUUGACGGCUAGUGCGAUUGGAAAUCUGGUAUACCGCAGCGCUGGCUUCAAGAGUGUUGGGUAUUGUGGACCUACAGAUGACACAAUGGUGAAAUCAACGCAGAUAGCUAGGCUGGACGGCCUUAUGCUUGCGGCUUCUGUCGAUGAUGAGCAGGUCGAAACAGAACUCGCCGAGGUCAAAUCGCAGGCCAAAAUGAUCUUCAGGCGGCUGAACCGAAAUUCUGAGCAACAAGCAAGCAUUGAAUCUGGCCAAUACUCCCUUCACUACAUCAUAAAAGACUCUGUCUGCUUCCUCUGCAUCUGCGACCGAUCCUAUCCUCGCAAAUUGGCCUUUACCUACCUCUCCGACCUGGCCCAGGAGUUUACCACGAUCUACCCUUCACCGCAGUAUUUGUCGGCGACGCUCCGGCCCUAUGCAUUUGUGGAAUUCGAUACAUUCAUUCAACGAACUAAGAAGACGUACCAAGACAGCAGGGCAAGUGCGAAUUUGGACAAACUGAACGAUGAAUUGAAAGAUGUCACCAAAGUCAUGACCAAGAACAUUGAGGAUUUGUUGUACCGUGGAGAUAGUCUGGAGAGGAUGGGCGAAAUGAGUGGUCGGUUAAGAGAGGACAGCAAAAAAUACCGAAAAGCAGCUGUGCGAAUAAACUGGGAGUUGAUGUUGAAACAAUAUGGCCCGUUCGCUGGCUUGGGUCUCAUCAUGCUCAUAUUCAUUAUCUGGAGGUUUUUCUGA